UUCAAGUCUUUCAACGGGAAUAGUCAAUUCAAUUAAAAGUUAUGCAAAUACAAAUAGAAAUAUAUUGGAUUUUGAUGCUUUUCUUCAUGCAAGUAGAAGCAGACAUUACUCUAUCUACGGAAAAUAGCUUCGAGAAUAGUGCUGUGAGACACUGUGAGAUGACCCGCGAUGAGGACGAUGAGCGGUGUGGCGCCAUUUGCUAUCCUAUUGUAAAGCCGUUACUCCGGUACGCUGCCCUAUGCCAGGAUAAGGAUGCAGCGAUUAACUACUUCAAGGACAAAAUUAGAGAAAAAGAUGAUUACAUUACCGAACUUCAAGCAAAUACACAGAUGGAUGAUCUCAAGGAACAGACAAAUGCCAGGCUGAAGAGCUUAGAUCAACAGCUGAAGGACAAGGAUACUGAAUUGCUUCUGAAGGCAAACGAAAUGGUGAAAAUGGCGAAAGAAAUGAAGGACCAGGUCUCAAGAAUGGAAAUGCAGAUUCAAGCUAGAGAAACUCAAAUGAAAUCUAAUGAUAAGUCAAUCAGAGAACUAGUAGAUCAAGUGAACUUUCUUAAACAAACAUGGACAGCCAGCUGUCUCCCAUUCACCAAUUCCACUGACAUCUAUACCAUAAGGUUGCCCGGCAUAGGCUCAUUUAAUGUGCCCUGCAAUUCCAGUGUUUCCGGAUCUGGUUGGACUGUCAUCCAGAGACGAGUCAACGGCAAUGUGGACUUUAAUCGGAACUGGAACGACUACAAACAUGGGUUCGGAAACCUACGGGAUAACUUCUUCCUGGGACUGGAAAAAAUUCAUCUAAUGACCCUGGCCCAGCCUCACGAAUUGUACAUCCAACUUGGAAAGGGUAAUGGAGCUACCAGCCAUGCUUAUUUCGAUGAUUUCAAAAUUGGAAGAGAAGAGGAAGCCUACAAACUGAAAUCGUUGGGAAGAUAUUCAGGAACAGCCGGAGAUUCAUUAACUUAUCACCUGAACAUGAAGUUUUCCACUUUGGACCGGAGUGAGAAAUUGAACUGCGCGAAAACUCAUGGAGGUGGUUGGUGGUUUUCUGAUUGCGGUUAUAGUUCCCUGAAUGGCAAAUAUUAUGAAGAAGGUAAAACAAGUGGAAGUCAGCUAUUCGGCAUUCAUUGGGGUUCUUGGCAGCUCUAUGACUACAGGAUCUCGCUAACAUAUUCUCAAAUGAUGAUAAGGCCAAAAACACUAUAAAAUGUAUAUUCGUUAAAGAUUUUUAAAAUUUGUUAUCGAACCAAAUUCAAUUAAUGAAAAAAUGUGAUGUUAACUAUAUAAAAAUAUAUGAAUAAUAAAAUAUAGGUGGUAUAA